AUGGGGAGCAGAGCAGAUGGGGAGACAAAGGGAGAAGGAAAAGAUGAUAUAAUCAGAGGAAACUCCUUGAUUGACGUCAGCCUCGGUCCGAACAUUUCCCUUCUGUUAGCAAUUUCGGAUCUCUUUAAAAAUAUCACAGUCCUAAAGAACAGCAAGUCCGAACUCGAAGCAAUGGAGAAAUGGAUGAAGAACCAUCCAGCAGCUGUUAAUUUUUCUCAUGUGUCCAGUAAAGUCUCUGAUCUGAGAGUCAACAGUGAUGGAGCGCAGGAGAUAGAGACGCAGCUGAGAUCAGCAAUCAAACAAGUCCUACCAUGUGACUUUACCAAAGAAAAUAUCACUGACCCAGUGGUCCUGGAGAAAGCAGAUUGUGUUGUCUCUGCAUGGAUGCUUGGUACACUUAGAACAGACCAAACUUCUUACAUGAAUAACAUGAAGAAACUCGCCUCAAUGCUGAAACCAGGAGGGAGACUGGUGGUUUUUGGAUCUUUAAAUACUGGUUUCAUUCGUGUUGCGGACGCCAAGUGUAACACAUUAUCAUAUGAUGAAAACACAGUCAGGAAGGCUCUUACAGAUGCUGGGUGUUGUGUUCAAAGUAUUGAUGUAAAGAAGAGUAUGGCUCCUGAUCAUACCAUAGAUAAUACACACAUUUGUUGUGCACUGGCUGUUAAAGAGAGGGAUGCUUAG